CCGUAACCGAACACCAACCCCCCACGCCCGCUCCCGCCUACCCCCCCCGGCGUGCGCGCCCGUGCCCUAAACGCAGCGGCGGUGAAACCUUUCUCCCCAGCGACUGCGGCGUUUCCUUCGCGAACGGCGGCUGUCUUCCUCUCCAUCGGCGAAUGGCGUAGCAUUGGCGGCGGCGUCAUCUUCCCCUCCCGAUGAUACAAUUUUUAUAUCUAAUGGAUCAAGAAACGGAUAUUUGAUUUCUUCAGAACUCAUCAGUCUUAAGAAGAAGCAAAGGGAGCAUCAUGGCGAGUCAAAGGACACAAAACAUCAGAACGCAUACCGCAUGAUUUAAUUGGAUAUUGAACUGAUAUGGCAAGAAUGUUGUUUCCGAAAAGGUACAUUAUUGUCCUUCUGACCUUCAUAUGUACAAAUGUUUGCUAUAUCGAGAGAAUAGGCUUCUCCAUUGCUUAUACUUCAGCUGCAAAUGCUGCCGGCGUGGAUCAAUCAAUCAAGGGCUUGAUCCUUUCGGUAUUCUAUUAUGGGUAUGCCCUGUCACAAAUACCUGGUGGUUGGGUAGCACAGCAUAUAGGCGGAAGGCGUGUUCUGCUCAUGUCCUUUGUAUUGUGGUCUCUGAUAUGUGCUGUGGUUCCACUAGACCCUAAUCUUGUCACUGUACUAGUUGUAGCUCGCCUUCUUGUUGGGGUGGCACAAGGUUUUAUUUUCCCUUCUAUUCACACAGUUCUGGCGCAAUGGGUCCCACCUUUCGAGCGUUCCCGUUCUGUAUCACUAACAACUUCAGGGAUGUAUCUUGGUGCAGCAAGUGGUAUGCUGCUUCUUCCAAGUUUGGUAAAAUACAAGGGUCCCCAGUCAGUAUUUUUGGCUGAAGCUGCAUUGGGUGCCAUUUGGACCUUUCUUUGGUUCAAAUUUGCUAGUGAUGCACCCCGUUCAGAUCAUUCUAAAGCUACAUCUGCUGGUUUUGGGCAUGUCUCAUUGCCAAUUACAAAGUCUGAAGACAACAAGGUGGGCUUGCAGAAGACCAUUAUGCAAAAUGGUUCUGUCCAUGUUGCUAAAAUUCCAUGGAGAUCAAUUACAUUCAGUUUACCUAUAUGGGCAAUAGUUGUGAAUAGCUUCACAUUCCACUACGCGUUAUAUGUGCUGAUGAAUUGGUUACCGACAUACUUUGAACUUGGCCUUAAGCAAAGUCUUCAGGAAAUGGGAUCUUCCAAGAUGCUGCCUUACCUUAAUAUGUUUAUAUUUUCCAACAUAGGUGGAACUGCGGCAGACUAUCUGAUCACUAGAAGGAUCUUAUCUGUGACUAAGACCCGCAAGUUUCUGAACACACUUGGAUUUUUGGUUGCUUCUGUUGCCUUGAUGGUCCUUCCGUCGUUCAGAAGCUCCACAGGGGCAGUAUUUUGUUCUUCAAUUGCUCUUGGUUCGCUGGCACUCGGAAGGGCUGGGUUUGCAGUGAAUCACAUGGAUGUAGCUCCGAAGUACGCAGGUAUCGUCAUGGGAAUCUCUAACACUGCAGGAACUUUGGCUGGCGUGGUCGGUGUUGGCGUUACAGGAAGAAUCCUGGAUGCUGCAAAGAAUGCUAAUGUUGAUCUUUCAAGUUCUGAAAGUUGGAAACCAGUUUUCUUCCUUCCAGGAUGCUUUUGCAUCGUCAGUUCCUUCAUAUUUUUAAUAUUCUCGACAGGAGAAAGAAUUUUUUAGUAAUAAGGUUUCUCAGUGGCAACAUUUAUGUUACUUGCACAAGUAUUCAUUUUAACAGCAAUUCCUUCUUACUUAUGAUGACUUUUGAGGUCAUAGAUAAAAUAUAAUAUACAAAAGAAGAAUGAUUGAAUUACACA